CCCAGAUGACAAGUUGGGGCUUGUCUGUUGCAGGAGGCCAGUGAUCUGAACUUCCUCAGCAGGUUGACUGCUCUGAAUCAUGCUGCACUGCUCCGGACUGUAGAGCGACACACACGCACGCACGGGGGGACUCUUCGGAGUGGCACAACUUCAAUUUGAUUCACCGAAACUUCCCCAGAACAGCAGGUGCCCACUCAAUUUCUGAUUUGACAAUCAUCCUGUGCUAGUAAGGACGUUACCAUGGCAACCGGGCCUCAGGACGACGUGGGAAAGCCAAGGUUUGGACCCAGUGACCGUCUGAUCGCUAUGUUCAAGGCCUUCUCCAGAGAUCUGACGGGGGCAGUUGAAACGCGUCUGAAACGCAUGCUGCAAAUGUUCCUACAACACCACAGGGACGACUCAAUAAAUGAGAAGACCAAAGAGUGUGCAGCUAAGUGCAGCUGUGAGGCGGGGAUCUGGUAUUACAGGAUCCUGGAGAACCUCAUCGGUCAUGAGAGGAAAAGGCUGGGCGUCAGGAACAUCUCAGGCAUCUUGGAGAAUGACCUCUUCCAGUGCAGUCUGGUGGCCUGUUGUCUGGAGAUCGCCAUAACCACAAAUCAACUACCAGGUGACUUUCCUCGGCUCCUUCAGAUCAUCAAACUGACACCUCACCCCUUCUGGAAGGUGAUUGAGCCGGUGCUGCGGGUCGCUGUGGAUCUGCCUCUUGCUGUGAUCAGACACCUCGGCCAAGUGGAAGAGAGAGUGUUGGAGAGCCUGGCGUGGACCAGCAACUCGCCUCUAUGGGGAGAGAUCAGAGCCAAUGAGGGCCGUCUGCCUGCCUGCCAACAGGUGAUGCUUCAUACGCAGCUUGAAGAUCCACUGAGAGGAGACUUACAAUCCGACCAGAACAUACUGGGAAUGGAUGACCGUUCGGGUGCUGACCUUUCUGCAAGCAUACAGCAGCAGCGUUCCCCUGUCAGCAGAGCCGAGAGAAGCAGCUCCCUCUAUCUGUUCGCUCGCAAUGUUUACAGCCUGAUGGGCCGGCGUCUGAGGGAGCUGUGUUCCGUGCUGGACAUCACCGAUGAGCUUCGGUUAAAGAUCUGGACCUGCUUCGAGUACUCUCUGAUCCACUGCACUCACCUCAUGAGAGACCGUCACCUGGACCAGCUGCUCAUGUGCGCCAUCUACAUCAUGGCUAAGAUUACCAAGAUGGAGAUCCCCUUCAAGCGCAUAAUGGAGCGCUACAAGUCUCAGCCACAUGUCAGCAAAAGUGUCUGCAAAAACGUGCUGAUCUCAGAAGUCCUGGAAAACUCUCCCAAUGGUAACGGUGCCAUACCAACCCCCAACACUCCAUCCACACAUUACCCUGAACCCUGUCAGGAGAGGAGGGGCAAUCUCAUCUAUUUCUACAACCAGGUCUACACAACAAAGAUGCAGCACUUUGCCAAGCAGUUUGCCUCCACCUCCGUGGGAGACACGCCUCUGUCUCCGUACCCCCGUCAGCAGAAAGCAUCUCCUCACAGACGCCGCCUGUCCAGCAGCCUCCCCAUCUACGUUUCGUCAUACAACACAGAGAUGGCCGCUCCUCAUACACCCACACUCUGCUACUACUUCAACUCAAGCCAAUCGGAGCGUCUACGCGAGAUCAAUAACAUGAUCAAAACAGGCCAAUCACCCAGCUGCCAGAGCUACGCCGCCUCAGAGGACGAAAAGGAGGAGGAAGAGGGAGGAGACGGACCUUCAGCCAAGAGGCUUCGCUUGGACGGUCAGUCGGCCUGGCAGAGACGGCUGAGGAACGUGGCCAACGAGCGCGUCCCGAGGAGGCACCAGGACCACGUCCGGCCUCUUCCAGUUGUCAGGCCUAACCUGCACUAGAGGACAGAGGAGCACGUUGUCUCCAUCUGCUCCCAUUUCUACAGGUAUCUGUGAAGCGUUCUUCUCUGUCUGCUCGGAGGACUGAAACGCACUAUAUUUGACACCAAGGGUACUGGAGGAUGCCCUCGAAUAAGGUACUUAGACCUUACCCUUACUUAACCCUGCAUGUACUGUGAUGUGAAGAAGAAGCGAACAUUCGAUCGGACCAAACCUACAAGGACGCUUUGCCUGAUAAGUCACGUCUUCUCAAAUCGUUGACCACUCUUCCCUGCAAAUACCUUCACUUACAGGAUGCUUUGCUAGUUUUAAACGUUUUUUUAUACGUUUAUUCCAUUACUCUUUCUUCCUUCUUCUUGAAUACUUUCAUACUAAUGGUUAGAGUUCAAUUAGUGACGGUCCCCUAUCUACAGCUGCAGGAUAGGUGGUCCAAAUUAUAUUUUUUUUUCCCAGAAUCAUGCAGAAUCUGAUCUUUUCAAUCAUGUUCAGGUUAUUUAUGAUAUUUUUUCACAAUGCGAAGUCAGUCCAGACAGUCAGUAGAACCUAUGCAACUUUCAUGCGACUUGACUUGAUGGACAUUUGACCUGCUUCCCGCCAGCAGGGGUCAGUGACAUGAACACAACCUGUGCUGUGUUAGAGGUGGUCAGUGGAGGAACGGCGAGGCACUAGACCACCUGUCAUGUCGUGCUGCAGGUCAUGUCACGCUGUGUGCCGUGCAUAGCGUGCCACAGAAGAAUGUGGCCGCGCGGCGAGAGGGGUUAACCUUCAGUCCAAGUUUAAAGAGGUUUGAGACUCGAGCCAACGGAGCUGGCAUGAUCGUAUCACCUGCCAGUUUUCCAGGGAGCUUGGCUGCUGAUGUCUUUAUCUUUGCUGGACGUGGGUCAGUUCAGGACUGUGUCCAGUUCAUACUGGAAUCAGAUACUGGCCACGUUUAAAAAAACUAAAACAAAACAAAAACAAAACAAAUGUGAACAGUAACAGCAGCAAUAAAUCCAAACGUAGCACUAAGACUUGCAGUAUGAAUGUAGCCCUCAAACAUGUCUGACCAAUGUUUUUAACUUAAAUGUAUUUUAAAACUGUAAAAGAUAUGCUAGCAGCUUAUGUGAUGCCACAGCUCAUUCGAUGUUUACAGUGAGAGAGGAGACAAGUUUGUUACUAAAAAUAGAUUCUAGCAAGAUAAUAUUCAACGUGGAUUUACGUUUUUUAGAGAAAUUCAUAAAUUGUAUAUGGUUGAUUUUACACACACAGCAAUAAACGGAAAUGCAUUGGA